UGGUCUUUGGACAACAGCUGGAGGACACCAUGGUGUAUGAACAGAGAUUUGGGCAGCAUCAGGUCCCUAUAUUGGUGGAGAAGUGUGCAGAAUUCAUCAGGAAGAAUGGGCUGAAUGAAGAGGGCAUCUUCCGACUUCCUGGCCAAGACAAUCUGGUGAAGAAACUGCGGGAUGCAUUUGAUGCUGGCGAGAGGCCCUCCUUUGACCAAGAUACAGAUGUACAUACUGUGGCUUCUUUGUUUAAACUUUACCUACGGGAACUUCCUCAACCAGUCAUUCCUUGGACCCAAUAUGAGGAUUUCCUCUUGUGUGGCCAACUUCUGACAUCUGAUGAAGACAAGGGUCACCCACAGUUAGUGAAGCAGCUGGCACGUUUACCCCAGGACAACUAUAACCUUCUUAGUUACAUCUGCCG